AUGGAUUUGAACUAUGAUAACUUAUUAAGUACACUAACAUUAGCAUCUGAAUCAAAUAGAAAUAUAAAUCAACAAAAUGCAGAAUCUCAAUUGAAAAAAUGGGAAAUUGUCCCUGGUUUCCAUUAUUAUCUUCAAUCAAUAUAUUUAAAUCAAAAUUUACCACUCCAAAUUAGAUGGUUAGCUAUUAUAUUAUUCAAGAAUGGUAUAGAUAAGUAUUGGAGAUCAACACGAUUACAUGCAAUUCCAAAAGAUGAAAAAUCACAAAUUAUAUCUAAUUGUAUGAGUGCAAAUUUAAUAAAUGAACAAAAUAAUCAAUUAAUGUUGCAAAAUUCAUAUAGUAUUGCGAAAAUUGCACGGUUUGAGUUUCCACAGGAUUGGCCUAAUUUAUUUGAUGACUUACUACAAAAUCUAGAACGUUAUGUGUUUCAAGAUAAUAAUUUAAUUGCAACUAAUAAUUCAUUAUUGGUUUUAAAUUGUAUUAUUAAGACUUUGAGUACUGUGAGGAUAGGUAGAGCAAGACACGCAUUGCAAAAUAAAGCACCGAUGAUAGUUAAUAUACUUAUAAAACUAUAUAUGAAAUUUUUCAAUAUGUGGAUAAAUAAUGAAAAUUUGACAAUUAUGCAAUUAUGUUACUUAUGUUUAAAAAAUUUAAGGAGGAUAAUACCUAUUUUUGAUCAACCACAUAAGAAUAAAGAUGUUGAAGAGUUUUUGGAUAUUAGUAUUGAUCAUUUAGAAAGUAUUAUAUUAGAACAUGAAAAGUACUCAAAUGAUUUAUUGGAAAAAUUUAUCAAAUGUUAUCUGAAAUUAUAUGUAUCUAUAAUUACAAAUAAUCCAACGAGUUUUAUAUUAAUACCUAGCUCAGACAGAAUUAUAACUACAUUUUUAUCAAUUUUGGAACUGAAGGCAGAUGUGAUAUAUAAUUCAACUGAAGAAAAUAACUUUUGGGAGAUAUUAGCAUUAAAAGCAUUUGCAAUACUAAAGAAACUCCUAUCGUUUAUGUUCAGAAAUGGUGCUUUAACUUUAAAAGAAAAGAAUGAAAAAGUAGAAGUCUACGAUGCUUUAAAUAAAUUAAAUCUGGAAUUUUUCAAACCUGAUACUAUUCAACAUUUAACUGAUUUGAUAAUAAAUUGGUAUCUCAGAUUAAAACCACAAGAUUUAGAAUCUUGGUUACUUGAACCAGAAGAAUUUUGUAAUGAAGAACUUCAAAAAUCAUGGGAGUAUCAAAUUAGACCAUGUGCAGAAAAUUUUUACCAAGAUUUAAUCAAGUACUUCCCAAAGGAGCUAAAUUCAUUCAUAAUCAACAAAAUACAAAACGGAUUAAUGGCAAAUGAUUCAGUUGAAAAUAUUUUAACUAAAGAUUCAAUAUUGUGUACGUUUCAAUUUUCUUCAAAUACAUUAAGUACUCAAGUGAAUUAUGAUCAACUACUCCAAAAUAUAUUCAUACCAGAAGGGAUAAAGAAUGAUCUAGUAGAGAAUAAAAUUUUAAAGAGGAGGAUAGUAUUGAUUAUUUCUGAUUGGCUAAAUAUCACAAUUUCAAAAGAAUCAAAAGUUGGAAUUUACAAAUUGUUUCUUGAUUUUUUACAAUCUAAUAAUCCAGUAAAUGAUAAAGUAGUAAAGAUAAGUACUAUACAUUCCUUAAGAUCAAUUGUAGAUGACUACGAUUUUGAAAAACAUGAUUUUGAACCAUUCUUGACUGAAUUUGUAAAUAUAUUGAUCAAUUUCAUAAAUGAUUUGCAAUUGAUUGAGUCGAAAUUGUACGUUUUGGAUACACUAUCGGUAAUGAUACAUAAUUGUAAUCCAUUGAUAAAUUAUCAAACAUUAAUGUCAAUCCUCAACAUCAUUCCAAACAAUUGGGAAUUAAGUGAUAAGGAACCAAUCAUUAAAACAUCAUUACUUCGUGUGCUUAGAAACUUAAUUAUUUCAUUGAAUGUUAAUUCAGAGCAGACUCAUUCAAUUGCUAUUCCAUUAGUUGAUGCUUGUUGUUCUCCAAAUUCAAAUCUAUAUUCUUUAGUUUCUGAAGAUGGAUACGAUUUAUGGCUUGCAUUAAUACAAUUUGUCCCUGAAGGAAAUCAAACAAAUCAACAAUUGAUUGAAUUAUUUUAUACUUUAAUUAAUCAUGCAUUAUUAAAUUCAACAGAGAUAUUACCUACUAUAUUAUCAAUUAUACGAAGUUAUGCAUUAUAUUCACCAAAAUUAUUUUAUCAAGAUUCAAUAAUUGAAACAUUUAAAAUAUUGAGUAAUUAUUUAUUGAAGAUUAGAGAUGAUGCAUACUUAGUAUUUAUCGUAUUGAUGGAUAUUCUAUUACUUAAUUCAAAUGAACAACUAAUUUCAAAUUUAUUUAAUAGUGGACUAUUCCAAAACAUGUAUGCGUAUGUAAUUCAUGAUAAUCAUUCAUUUAUAAUGAUUGCAAAGAUGUAUAUCCUAUUUUCAAGGUUAUUCGGGAAUGAAAUUUUCAUAUCAAACUUUUUCAAUUUAAAUAUCAAUUAUCAAAAAUUUUUCGAGAACUGGAUUAGAUGUUAUAAUCAUAAUGGUAAUCCCCGAAACAAGAAAAUAAACCUAGUUGGAAUGAUAUCAUUAUUAAACUAUGGAAUUAUCAAUAAAAAUGAAUUAAUUUCUCAAUUGUUUGGAGAAAUUAUCAAGAAAGUUUUUUAUUUCAUCGAAGAAGUGAAUGAAAGUGACAAUGUGAUGAUUGAAACAUAUCAAUCUAAUUAUUUAUACGAUGAUAUUGAUGAAUAUUCAUAUAUGGAUCCAGAAAAUAUAAAACCAAAUGGGGAGAAAGUUAGGUAUGUGAAAUUAUUAAAUGAAAAAGAUACAGUAUAUUCAAUCAACUUAAUCACAUUCCUCAAAGAAUGUUUAAUCAAUAUUAGAAAUAACAUUGGAGCUAUUCAGUUUAAUCAAUUGGUAUAUUCCCUUAAUGAUAAAUAUUUAAAUGAAAAAUUGUCACAAAUUUUAUAG